AUGUUGAACGUCUUCGGACAAUCUUUUGCCGAGUGGAUUAAGUCACUGCCAACACUCGAAACGCUUCAACUUGAACGCCAACAACAGCAGGAAAUGCGCCAACGCCAAAUUCUGGAGCAACAAUACCAAAGAGAAGCUCAACGUCGUCAUGAGCGAGAUGAAUGCAAUAUAAUGCACGGGAACGACUACAACGUACCAGAAGAAAACGAAGUAUCGAUACGACAGCAGAAACAUAAACAGUUUCUUAGAAUGCAGGCAGAAAUGCGCCAACUGGAGCAACGGGGUACAGCUGACAGCACCGUCAAUAGAACCGAAGAAAUGAAAGAGAAACGAGCCGCUCAAGAACGUCAGCGCCUGCUUCAGCUAGACGAUCAACGGCGUGAGAGACGUGAAUCGGAGAAAAUGAGUCGUGAAGAUCUUUACUAUGUCGAGCGCAUUUUACGAGCUAAGGCAAAGGCUAAGGAGGAGCAGGGGAAACGAGAGAGACGUGCAGAUCAUCAGAAGAAUGCUAUCGAAGAGCAGCAGAGACAUAUCACGCGAAUGCGUCUGCUAGAUGAAGAGAAACGACUUGCAGAGCGAGAAAGCAGUGGGAUGAGACUCGAAGACUUGCUGGGUAGACAGAUACGACUCCGAGAGGCUGAGAAAGCGAAGGAAGUGUUGCAUAAUGAAUGGCGUGAGAGGAAGACAAUGCAAGCAGAGGAACACGACUGUCGAUCUCGUUGGAUACUGCGGGAACGAGCUUUGAUUAAACAGCAACAGGAAGAGCUGAAGCAACAGAGAGCUGAGGCACGGAGACGGAAGCGACACCAGCAACGAGAAGAAAGAGAGCUCAGAGAUGCAUGGACUGAAACUUGGGAUAACGACGGCAACAAGUUUUUCUACAACUCCAUUACCGGGGCGUCCCAAUGGGAGGUACCAGACCAGCUUUGA